AUGAGGAAAUGGAGUACCCCAUUAUCUCCAGUAACUUCCCACGAUGGGAAAAAAGGCAUGUGGUCCUUGAGUCACUUCGGAGCCGAACAGGACCUUACGAAUGGUGUCAUAUGCAGAGUGGUUCUUGGGAAGAAGUAUGGAGAAGGAGAGAGAGGCAAUGAGUUCAAGACGUUGUUGAGGGAUUUUAAUAGUUUAACAGGUAGUGUGGAUAUCGGGAAUUUUGUUCCGUGUCUUGGUUGGGUAAAUUGGGUAACCGGAGUUGAUGCCAAAAUUGAAAGAGUUGCUAAAGGGUUUGAUGAGUUCCUGGAAGGGCUUGUCGAAGACUGUUUGAAAUUGGAUACCGAUGAUGGUGAUGACGGCGAAGGGAACAAUAACUUCUUGGAUAGGUUGCUCCAAAUUUACAAGGAUAAUUCCGCUGGCAUUUCUUUUGACAGAGAUUGCCUCAAAGCACAAAUAAUGACAGCUUUUGCAGGCGGAACGGAUACCACCUACACAUUUCUGGAGUGGGCAAUGUCAGAGCUAUUAAGAAAUCCUCGAGUCAUGAGAAAAGUGCAAGAUGAGGUAAGAGAGAUUCUUUCAUUUACGGGUAAACCUGAGACUGUUGAAGAGGAUUUGGAAAAAAUGCAAUACUUGAAAGCAGUGAUCAAAGAGGCUUUCCGUCUUCAUCCUCCGAUACCAUUACUAAUUCCCCACGAAGCGAGGGAAGAUAUCAGAGUAAUGGUUUAUGAUAAUAUUGUUGCUGGAACAAUGGUGGUCAUCAAUGCUUGGGCAAUCGGAAGAGACCCUAGCACUUGGGAUGAACCGAAUGAAUUUAGGCCUGAGAGGUUUCUGAAUUGUCCUAUAGACUUUAGAGGCCAUGACUUCCAAUUGAUUCCAUUUGGUGCCGGGAGGAGAGGUUGCCCAGGGAUUUCUUUCGUGACAGUUAUUGGCGAGCUUAUUUUGGCAAAUCUGUUGCACAAGUUUAAUUGGUCAUUGCCUGGGGGAGCCAAGGGAGAGGAUUUGGACAUGACUGAAUGCGGAAGUGGUACUGUCCACAGAAAAUUUUCUCUUAUUGCUGUCGCAACUCCUCGUUGAUGGUUAGUGUAAUUUCUGUCUCUAGUCGUGAUUGUUGUUUAUGUAUUAGUAGUUGCCAUCAAAUUCGUUUGUAUUCUGUUGUAAGCAAUGAAACGUUGACGGAUUAUAUGUAGAAGCUUUUAUGUGCUGCAAGAAGUGAUUUAGAACAUGUUUGUGUUCUGUUGUAAAGCAAUGGCAAUUGCUAAAUCUGAGAAAAUUUUGGCAUUGUGGGUAUGGAACCCAAUCCGCUAU